AUGUCAAACAUAGAGUCAAGUAAAUUAUAUGAGAGUGUGAUUGAUGAUGUAAUCAAUGAUUCUCGACAAGAUUUUGAAAAUAGUGGAAUUGAUGAAAGUACAUUGCAAGAAUUAAAGAAAUUAUGGCAAGAGAAGUUAACAUUAGCUGGAGUAGCCAGUUUCUCCUGGGAAAAACAAGAUGAAGAGGACGAAGAAGAAGAAGAGGAAGAGCAACAUGUACAACUUCCAGUUAAUCCAGAACCGCAACCUGAGGUUCAAUUAAAGGCAGAACCAAAUACCACCAGUAACGAUAACGUCACCCCUACUACCAACACCACCAAUAAUAAUAACAACAAUAGUACUAAUAAUAGUCCGGCUAAUGAUGGUGCUCCAGUUAAACUUAAAACUGAACCUGGUCUUUCACAAAAUGUCAAUGAAGAUAAUGUUCUAGGUAUACAGGUUCCAAGAAUCAAUCAAACUGAUGGUACAUUUGAAAUGGAGAUUUAUACCAGUGAACCAACUAAAUUAUUAAAAAGACUCCAGAAAAACAACAAGAAAAAGUUAGUUCAAUUUGAUGGUGCAUUUGACGAUGAUGAAGAUAGUGACCUAGACGAUUCCAAUGAUUUAGAUAGUGAUAUAAAUUCAGAAUUAGAUGACGAUGAUCCAGAAGACCAAGACGAUGAUCAAGAAGGUCAAAUUGCUCUUUGUCUUUAUGAUAAAGUGCAAAGAAUAAAAUCAAAAUGGAAGUGUAGUUUGAAAGAAGGAAUUGCUAACAUAAAUGGUAAAGAUUAUGUGUUUAAUAAAGCUACUGGUGAAUGUGAAUGGUAA